AUGCAGCUGAUGUUGGACGAAAUUCUCAUGAAUGUUGCUGCAAAUGCUGCUGUUUCGUUGCUGGCGUUUAUUCUGAAGGAAGUCAAAGACGUUGAAGUGACGUUAGGCAUUCAUGGAAAAGACCUCCGAGUAAAUUGCCACAAGUUUCAUCCUGCAAUUUUUCGAAACUUUACGAUCGCCACCUACAAAGCUAAAGCAGCGGACAUUGCUGAAUCAGAUAAGGAACCUAAAGGUAUUUAA